AUAUAUACAUCGCGUAGUUACCGUCCAAAAUUCGUUGAAAUUACAGAUUGCAAAUGUCUUCCUUCAAAAUGGCUGCCCUAUUUCGGAUGUAAACUCAUGCAUAUUGAUGAGGAUGACGUCACGCUUGUUUGACCCAAUUUCAUAAAUCAUGCCUGCACUUUCAAGGAAAAGUCCCUUUCACCAGAUUACUUUGAAAUACGCCGGCCGGUUUGUCAUUUGACUGAUAUUCCUUAACAAACGAAGGUCUCUAUCUCUCAUGUUCAACUUGAUCAUCCGUUCUAUGCUAGGUAGAAGCAAAUUCUGAAGUCGUGAGGUGAGAGGAAAUUUUGCACCAAGACGACCGUCAGGAGCACGACUUCGACCCAUUUGUCAGUCAACAACAACUUUCCCAGCGUCCGUGUCGACAUGUGGCACUGAAUUACACACAGAAUAAAGUCAUUUCUACCUUUUCCAUCGCUCCUUGGAAAGAUUAUAUCGAAUAUCUACUGAGAAGCGUGACCCUGGAAAUUGAGCGCGCUUAUUGAAUGAGACAUUGUUCCUUUUAUCCAUCUUGGAAAAGAAACCUGUCAUGGCAGAUGUGGAAUCACUCGGGUCCGGUCGACGAAAUUGCUCUAAAAUCCAAAAAUUCCCUUUAGAACACUCGCAAAUGUGCUGUAUCAGGUAGCUCGGUGUAUGGACUGGCCUUUCUACGAUCUCAUAUUUGCACAGGCUGUAUUAAACGAUGGACUCGGUGAGUUGAGAGCUGUAACCCUCUAGCAGACAGCAUCUUGUCCAGGGACAUAGCACAACCUCGAGACCGCAGCUGAUUGGCUGGCUGCUGAGAAGACGUGUUGUGAUUGGCUGAAAAAUAUGAUUGACACUUAAUAGAAAGCAGGUGCUUGAUAAACAUGGAGGAGCAGUAAACGGCAGCACGGAUUGAAUUUUGGGAAUUUUGCUGACGACUGAGAAAUCUGACAUAGUGGUAGUCGAAGAAAGCACUAAGAUGCCCACAGAUAGUGUUGGUGUAAAGGAGAAGAGAAAAGAUCUGAAUCUGAGGCGGAAUCGUAGCAGUGCUGAGGGGUCAGUUUUCAGGCGUUUCAAUGAAGGGGAAUCCCUUCUGCCUGCCGAACUCAGAGGCAGGCUUCACGACUUGUUUGCACUAAUUGAAGAUGAGUAUGAGAAGCUUUAUGUAGAAAACCAGACGUUACAUGAAAAACUGGAACACUAUCGCAGCACGGCCGGGGACAAGGCGGAGGGGGUCGACUCUGGAGAUGGAACAAAGGCUCCUAAAAAAUCUUCCAGUCAAAUCUCUCAGAAGAUAAAAGACACAUACAAGACAUCAACAAGCAGAAUUGUUUCUACAUUCAAAAAUCAGUCUGCUGGCAGCCAUUUUGUCCGCGAGUUUUCUGGUCAUGGCGACGGUGUGUGGGACGUCAGUGUCUCCAAAUUACAUCAGGUGACGAUAGUCGGAACGUCAUCAGCAGAUGGUGCUGCAAAACUAUGGUCAUCAGAAACAGGAGAGUGUGUGACUAAUUACUUUGGCCACAAAGGCUCAGUGAACUCCCUGCGUUUUCAUCCUAGUCAGGACCACGUAGUCACUGCGUCCGGGGACCAGACAGCACACGUGUGGAAGGCACAGAUUAGCCUGCCUUUAGAGAAAAGGGCACCAUCUGACGAUGAACUGGAGCUCUCGGAAAAGGAGGAAUUGGAUGCUUCAGAUGAAUACCACAUGUUUGACGCCAACGUGAUCCGUGUACCACAGACAGAUCUCACAGGUCACAGCAAUGUAGUGGUGGCAGCUGAUUGGAUGGCUGGGGGUCGAGAGGUCAUCACAGCAUCAUGGGAUAGGACUGCCAUCUUGUACGAUGUGGACACAGGCGCCAUACUCAAUACUCUUCAAGGUCAUGAGAAGGAACUGACCAAUGUGUGCACCCACCCAGUCCAGAAACUAGUGGUCACCUCUUCCAAGGACACCACCUUCAGACUGUGGGACUUCAGGAAUCCUUCCAUGCAGCUGAAUGUCUUCCAGGGACAUACAGAACCAGUGACUACGGCAGUCUUUGUUGCUGCAGAUAAGAUAGUGUCUGGGAGUGAUGACAGAUCCGUGAAGAUUUGGGACCUGAAGAACAUGAGAUCCCCCAUGGAGACUAUCAGGACAGAUGCUCCUGUAAACAGGUUAGCCGUGUCCCCCAGUCACCAGAUCCUGGCCAUCCCACAGGACAACAGACACAUCCGGCUGUAUGACAUCAACGGGGUCAGACUGGGAAGACUGCCCAGGAGCAACAGAGUUGGUCACAGCAGGAUGGUAUGUGCUGCAGCAUGGGAUGAAGACAGUCCGACGUGCAACUUGUUCACCUGUGGCUUUGAUCGCCUUGUGUUGGGUUGGUAUGUCAACCCCCAGAGGAAAGACGCAAAGGACGAAAAAUGAGAAAAAAAACUAACUUAAAGAUACUUGUCAACUAAUCCAAGUAUUGGAACCCUAAAAGGAAAUGUGCCAAGGAUGGUUAUUUAGGUUAUUGUCAAAGUAUUUCAAAUCUGGGAUACUCUGUGGAAAGAUGCAAAGAAUAAAGACUAAGAUGUAAAUUGACAAACUUCACUAAGGUGUAGGCUAAAACUUUUGAGAAUGUUAAGGCUGAGAAAUUGACUGGCUGGACAAUUUGGGAAAAGUUGCUGCAUUUCUUUCCAUUUUUGGUUCUCUUUCUCUCUGUACAUCUGAUAGUGGAAAUAUGAAAGUUUUUAUCGAAGAGGACCUGUGCUGAAAAAAAAAAAAGAUUGCCACAUCACCUCGAAUUCUGUGCGAUUAAUCAAAUAGAAAGAAAUAUUUGAGUUCCAAUCCUAUUUUGGAAUAGCAUCUAUUUUAUAUAUCCAAGAAAACAUUCAGUGACAUUUAUUUAUUUACUUGAGCAAGGUUUGGGUGAACAGCUAUUGUUAAUUUCUGUAAACUGUCAGCUUUGUGUAAGACUUGCCCUCAUAAAUAUGAUUUAUAUUUCUCUGAAGAAGAGUAGAAAUAUUUGUCUCACUUUGGCCUAAAAGGAUGAAAAAAUACCUGUAAUAUUUGUACAUAGAUUCAGAUGUCUGACUGUGCCAUUAAAUGUUGCCUUAAAUAUAUGGCUUCCAGUAAUAAAUGAUCUAAAACUGAGAACUGGAAUUUGUUAAAAAAAACGAGUAAAUACUUGGGUCAGUUUGAAGGGUCUUUGGUCCUAUUCACAUGGAGCAGUAUGGUAAAGUGAACCAUUUCACCUUGCAGAUGGACUACUUGAGAG